ACGACAGCUGCUAGCUGCUAAACUUCUGAGUGAUUUUCGUGGAAAAGAGCGGGAAAAUAAUCGCUGCGCGACAACUGGGUACGAUCAACCAGAAUGCUUCGCAAGCAAAGAAAAUCAACAUGGCUGAUCAGCCGCGGGUUAGGCUCACGAAGACUGCUAAGGAUUAAAAACACUCAUGAAUUUGAUUGGAUAUGGGUAACAAACAAAGUGCUAGAAGAAGAGAAAGUCAGAUAGUACGUCCACAGUUAGCAUCAUCUAUAAAUCCCGUGCUUCCACCAGAAGCUGUUGUCAAGCUCACGGAAUGUUUAAACACGCUACCUAUCACCCUGGACAGAAGAGUUCGUGAUGAAGUCAUACGUCGUGUAGAGCUGAAAGAGACAGAGGAUGCCCCAGAACGUUUACUUAGUAAAGGCCAUGAGCCAUUAGGGAUUCAUGUGCUUGUGUCGGGGAAUGUAACUGUUUACAGCGAGAACCAGAAGUUUGUCUUGAGGGAAAUACAAGAAGGUGAUUGCUUUGGAGAGGUUUCUGUGCUGUUUAACAUGAACUGCACUGCUGAUGUGUGGUCAACUAACAGGUGUGUGAUAUUACUUCUGAAGACCAUUGAUGCACGUCAGCUACUUGCAUUUCCCAGUGAGAUAACUCUUCUGCAAUGGUUUCAACAGAGGAGAUACCUUGAUACCAGUAAGUUGUUUGACAACCAGCAGCUGUCAAAGGAGAUUGCUAUAGAUGUCUUACAAAAGUCCCCAGUUGUACAUGGUUGGAGAAAAGAGUCUCUGGUCUCUGUAGUCAACACUAUUAAACCAGCAAUUAUUGUACUGUAUCCUGCUGACAGCUUAAUUUUCAAGGAAGGAUGGAAAGGAGAAGAAAUGUUUGUUCUAGUUCGUGGACAGGUGAAGUUUUCAACAGGCAAUCAGGAGCUUGCUACAUUUGAUGCUGGAGGCAGAGGUUUCUCAUUUGGUGAAGAAGGUUUUUUCGCUGGAACUGAGAGAAGAUCCACUGUUAGGGCAGUUGGCCCAUGCCAGGUUAUUAUGCUUAAAGAGGAAAACUUCCAUGAUGCUGUCAGUCAGUUCCCAGCUGAGGCCACUCUACUCCGCGAGCUAAGUGUUAAGUGGAAACAGCAGGUUAAUCAGAGAGUUGAUGAACUUUACUUAAAGUAUGGAGGAGCCUUGGAUCUGGAGAUUUUGAGGAUGACAUUAAAGCAGACAGAAGAAUUCAAAGAUUGCCCACCAGGAUUCCUGUACAUUCUCGCUUUGUCCAUGGUUAUCAAGGAAGUACAAGCUGAUAAUGAGCUGUUAUCAACCAGACAGUACCAAGAAGGCGGUACUCUGUUUGUAGUGCUUCAAGGAAGUGCAGAAGUGAUGGAAGAUGACACUCCUACAUCACACACAGUGGAACUUAAAGAAGUAUUUUGGAAGAAUAACAACAUGCCUGACCAGGGAUGGGUUAAGGCGUUAGAACUGUGUGUGGCAGCCUUUUUCCCUGAGGAUGCAGUGAGAGAAGCAGAGAACACAUUCCCCGAUGUUGUGCUGCCCAGACCUUGAGCGAGCGAGUGUUUGGUUUGGCCGACCGACAGAGCUGCGUCCCCCAUCGUCAAAUAGUUCGGCUCCCGGUGGUGUGUUAAACAGGGCAAGCUUCCAUCGCACUCUGACUCUAUCAGUUCCGCCGACAGACACCGUGUCAGUUCCGUAGGAGAUCAGGUUCUAUCGUCGGGAGGGCGGGGGGAUAUCAAUCCUCUGCCCUACCCUGGAGUGGAGGACUUAUCCAGCUGCUGUCACGUGACCCUUCUAUCCGAAUCAUACGUGCCCGUACGCUUCUGGUAGUGAUUCAGUCUAGAUACUGCUGAUUAAUAAAUUAAGUACUCUGU